AUGAAUUAUACUCUGUAUAUAUUACUGAUUCCAACCACCUUCGUUCUGGGACUUACUGAUUUGUCGAUCUCCAGUACGGAAACGGAUGCGACUUCUGCAGUUGAAAGUGAAAUGGAAUUACUCAGUCUGGAUCCAGAUCUAAGGGAGCUUCAGCUAAAUGAGUGCAACAAUCUGACAAUCAUGGAACUCACACCAAACCUUCGAAUCUUGGAAAUAUUCAAUUGCUUCUGGCUUCGUUUAGAGAUGAAAGAUCUCAGUGUUGUGGGCAAUCUGAGCUCGCUUCAGUUUCGGAAUGGAACGCUUUUGAGACUGGAAGAGAAGAUGUUUCUGCAAUUGCCCCUUCUGGAGACUCUCGGGCUGGGAGAAAAUGGCAUAGCAGUUGUUUCUCCGGACGCCUUUAUUGGACUCACCCAGCUGUGGAUGCUAACUUUGAACGACAACAGAAUAGUAUAUUUUGAAGAGAGAGUAUUCCAUCCACUGGUAAAACUACGGUACCUUGACUUGAGAGGUAAUACACUAUUUAAUCUACCGGAAGACAUUUUCAAUAAGAACCCCAAGAUGCAGGUAUUAUUUCUCAAUGGAAAUCAUUUAUCAAGCGUAUAUCCAUCGACCUUGGCCAUUCUUAAGAAACUUAACAUGUUGGAUCUAAGCGAUAACUUCAUUAAUGAACUGCAGCUUCCUAGCUCGAAGACCAUAAUCGUGGACAACAUCGGGGUCUACAGAAUGGAUGUUCCUGGUAACGUAAGCACGUUCCAGGCGAGAAAUAACUUUUUGACGUAUCUGUAUUUCGAGAACCAAAUAUGUGUCACCGAGCUCGACCUGCAUGGGAACAAACUGACAACGAAAGACAUAACUGACAUUCUCAAAGGAAUGUGGAGGCUUUACCGCCUAGACCUUUCCUCAAACCUCGCUAAGGCACUACCAACUUUAGAGCCCUCGAAAUUUGAUGGUAAGGAAGACUACAUCCUACCCAUUCUUAAGUUUGUGAACAUGUCUAGGAACCUAUUGGAGCAUCUAAGAGGCGACUCGCAUUUGUUGUCCCCUAGUCUGACCCACUUGGACCUGUCCCACAACAGAAUAUGUGAGCAAGAAGGCCUGAAGGAGGUGGCGCUCUUUGACAACGAGUUCAGCUAUAUAACUUACACGCAGAUAAUCGAGUAUUUCAGGAAUGCAGGUAUCCAAGUUCUUGGAGAAUUUCAUUCGGAAGGAUUCACUUCCGUGAAGGAAAAGUCUUCUAUGAUGAAAUGUUUUCGGGCUAAGAUAAUAAACGACGACUUCGUGGCUCAACCUUCCUCUGAAGAGCUAAUUGAUGAAUUGGAGAGCAACGAGUUAGAGCAUCGACAGCUGAACACUUUUAGAAAAUGGAGCUCUUGGAAAAUUUUGAUCCUUUUAGGUCUUUUAGCUGCCCUGACGUCUAAUAUAAUUCUGGUCAUACAGCUCCGCCGUUCCAGAGGAAGACUAAAUGACAAUAGAUAUCUACUCGAAUGA